GCGAUGCUGGCGGCGGCCGCGGCGCGACGCGUGGCCUGCGCCGUGUCCGGCGGCGUGGACAGCGCCGUGGCCGCGCUGCUGCUGCGCCGCCGAGGCUACCAGGUGACAGGCGUGUUUAUGAAGAACUGGGACCCCCUGGAUGAACAGGGAGCUUGCUCCGUUGACAGAGAUUGCGAGGAUGCUUACCGCGUUUGCCAGAAGCUCGAUAUCCCGUUUCACCAGGUUUCCUACGUGAAGGAAUACUGGAAUGAAGUAUUCAGUGACCUCUUAAAAGAGUACGAAUUGGGAAGGACGCCUAAUCCUGAUAUUGUGUGUAACAAGCACAUCAAAUUCAACUACUUUCUGCAUUAUGCUUUGGAUAACCUUGGAGCAGAUGCAAUUGCUACUGGGCAUUAUGCUAGGACCUCCUUAGAGGAUGAGGAAGUGUUUCAACACAAACACGUUAAAAGACCACAGAAGCUUUUCAGAAACCGUUUUGAAGUUAGAAAUACUGUGAAACUCCUUCAAGGGGCUGACCUCUUUAAGGACCAGACCUUCUUUCUAAGUCAGAUCUCACAGGAUGCUUUGAGGAAAACCAUUUUCCCUUUAGGGGAUUUAACAAAAAGUUUUGUAAAGAAGAUAGCAGCAGAACAUGACCUUCAUCAUGUGCUAAAGAAAAAAGAGAGUAUGGGAGUCUGUUUCAUUGGUGAAAGAAACUUUGAAAAUUUCCUUCUUGAGUAUUUGGAACCUCAACCGGGUAACUUUGUUUCCAUUGAAGAUAAGAAGGUGAUGGGAACACACAAAGGUUGGUUCCUCUACACAAUAGGCCAGAGGGCUCGGCUGGCAGGCCUCCAGGAAGCUUGGUUUGUUGUAGACAAAGAUGUCAGCACUAGAGAUGUCUAUGUGGCACCAUCAAGAGACCACCCUGCUCUGUACAGAGACCUCCUGCGGACGAACCGAGUGCACUGGAUAGCAGAGGAACCUCCAGCAGAGCUUGUUAGAGAGAAGAUGAUGGAAUGUUAUUUCAGGUUUCGGCACCAGAUGGCACUGGUGCCUUGUGUCCUGACUCUAAACCAAGAUGGGAGUGUGUGGGUAACGCUAGUGAAGCCAGCAAGAGCUAUGACGCCUGGACAGUUUGCCGUGUUCUACAAGGGUGACGAGUGCCUGGGCAGUGGGAAGAUCGUGAGGAUGGGCCCAUCUGUGUAUACCAUGCAACAGGGCAAAAACCGAGGGGAGAAUCCAAAGAAGGAAGAGAUUGACAAAAUAGAACCAGCAACGUAACACGUGGCAUUGUUUAUGGAAGGACUUUGGAGAAUUUGCUGCCUGAGAAUAAUAAAAACUGUAAUAAAUGUGGCUUCUACUGAUUUCUGUGUUCUUAAGGCCAGUUGACUGUGAAGUCCCAGCUCUUGGCUGUUUAAAUGAGUUUAAAGCCAUUUUGCUGGGCUGUGUGGUGCUAUUUAUGUUAAUACGUAUCAAAGGAUGUCAUAAAUUGUUAACUGUAAUAGUACCUACACAUGCAAGAAUUUUAAGAUAAAAAUCGUGUCUGAAAUCAUAAAUAUCUCUUUUUCAGAAAUUAAAUGCCUUUUUUCCCCCUUAUUUAAAGGUACCUCUCCCUAGUAAAGUACACGUUGUUUUACAUUAAAUGUAUGUUUGUGCUUUGAACUGAGGAAAAGAAGUGAAAGGUUUUCAAAUUCAGCAUUUUGAAUUAACUCCAAGCAAGAGAUAUUUAUCUUUCAUUUUAUAUAGUUUUAUAAAAAAUGCUGUGGAUUCUUAAACUGUAUUAAGUAGUGGUUUCACAUGUUUACAUAAUUCAGAAUUACAAAUCUUAGGGACUUAAAAACAGUCUGGAAUGCUAAAUGUUUUCACACAACUGACUGUUAACUGCUGAGGGCUGAGGCUGUUUGGUUUGUACCCUGGAGGAAAGAGUGCAUUGUUGUGCUUGAGAAAAAUGCAAAUUCAAAGGAAUUUCCUUACUGUGUAUCUAACUUAAUAUAGACCUGAUAAUAAUUGGAUCUUGCCAUAUCUCUAAAUGGAGAGGUAUUAGGAAGAGCUGAAUACCCCACCAAAUUAAUCUCUGUUUAUAAGAAUUGGGUGCAUAUUGAGGACACCCUAAACUUAUAAUAAAACUUGAUAACACAAGUCAACAAAAUUUAAUUCCUGUCUUUUAACAUGAUAACUGUCUCCAAAGUACAGCUCUGCAGGAGUCAGACUUUCCAGGUGGGUGUAGAAUUUUGAGAUUUACAUCCACUCUGGGCAGUAGGAAAGCUGUAGCAUGAAUAGAUCUUUUCAGCAGAUCUGAAGGCUUGGAUUACAUGUACAUCGUUUUCUGUUGUCUUGGUAUCUUCUAAGAAUUCCUUUUGUUCCCUCUGCUAAGAAAAGUAAAAGGGGAGAAGACUUUUCAAUGUCUACCUUCUGGUCUAGCAAAGUUCAGGGAGCCCUAUGGAAAACCCUUGACUGUUAAAAUCUUACUUGGCAUUACAGUAGAUCUGCUUAAAAGGGGAAAACCAUUCUUUUUCACUGGUGCCAAAAUCAAUUAAAUUUAAAGUCUUGUCUUUAGAUCUGCUGUCCAUCCAUGCACAGGUUAACAGUAAGGAUGAUUCAUGCUUCAUGUGAACUGAUUUAUAUUAGUUUAGUUGUUAUAGGUCCUGGACAUGACUUUUAUGUAGUUUUAUGUGAUUACAUUGCAAAAUGUAGAAUUAAUUAAGGAGUUAAUGCUCUACAUUGUCCUCAUCUGAGUUUUGCUGCAAAUGUCCCAAUUAAAAUCUUAACAAAUGUU